UUCGCAGAAAGCUGGCAGCGCGACCAGCUCAGAUGGUAAUGCGGAGUAGGAGGGUCAUGCCAAGCAAGGUGGUCGUGACUUUAUAAAGGGAAUAUAUGAGGAACCUGCUCUGGGACUUGAACAUUGCCUCACGAAAUCGCAUUCCGUUGCUGUUAAGUUACCUCCCUUUGCCGUCUUUUUUAUUUUUUUAUUUUUGUAGCUGGGGAUACAUCAUUGCACAAUUCCUUGGCAUUUGCGUCUUACUGUCUCCUUACUGUCUGAGUGGCGGAUCGUUUAAAUUAAGUCUUUAUCCUGAGAAGGUCAUCGCUUUUUCUUUCGGGAACGCUAAUUCAUGCCGGGAUUUCCUCGCUAUUUUGGUGCAUAGUGAAAACAUUUUCUCCCGAACUUCCUUAGCGGACCAGAGCAAUAAGAAGGAUUUCGUUUUGGCGUAUAUUAAUUAGACUGGCCGAUUUUAAAUGGAGUUUAGUGCUUACUGCGGCUGUUCUUUUAACCCCGCGUCUACAGACGGAAGUUUUCGCUUUUUUGCACCAACGGAACAGAAGAUCAAUUGACCGUGCUGUAUAAAUGGGAUCCUCUCAAACGAAUUACACCACGUUUUCUCUUCAGUGCACAUCUAUCUGAAGAAAAAUAUCCGUGGUUCGGAGGAGGAGAGGGAGGAAUGAAGAUCCUGGGUCCUUAGUGGAGGUGUGAUUCAGCGGCACGGGGCUGGAGCCGAGCAGCUCUCUCGCUCUCUGAUGGCUUUAUGGGGGCUCCUGUCACUGAGCCUCCACUGCUGGGUUGCAGCUGCUGCAAGUGGCCCUGAGCAGCAGCCCCGGGGGCCCCUUGACUGGCUCCUCUCAGACAAGGGCCCCUUCCACCACUCCCAGGAGUACACUGACUUUGUGGAGAGGAGCCGACAGGGAUUCUCCACCAGAUACAAGAUCUAUAGGGAAUUUGGCCGGUGGAAAGUAAGUAACUUGGCGGUGGAGCGCAGGGAUUUCCUGGACACCCCUUUACCACUCACUCCAGAAUUUGUCCGCAAUAUACGGCUGCUGGGACGCAGACCAACUAUUCAAUUGAUUAUCGACAAUCUGAUCAAGAAAUAUGGGACCCAUUUCCUGCUGUCAGCAACACUGGGAGGAGAAGAAGCCUUAACUAUUUUUGUGGAUAAAGGGAAAUUAAGCAGGAAAGUAGAAGUGAGUGACUACUCCUCUAACACGUCUUCGGUGACACUGGAGACGCUACAUCAGCUAGCCGCCUCCUACUUCAUCGACAGAGAGAGCACGUUGCAUAAGCUGCAUCAUCUGCAGAUAGCCUCCACCGCUAUCAAGGUAACAGAAACUAGAACUGGUCCUCUUGGAUGCAGUAACUAUGACAACCUUGAUUCGGUUAGUUCUGUCCUGGUUCAGAGUCCCGAGAACAAAGUUCACUUACAAGGCUUGCAGGUCAUUCUGCCAGAGUACCUGAGAGAUCGAUUUGUACAGGCCGCCCUCAGUUACAUUGCGUGCAACAGCGAGGGCGAUUUCGUCUGCAAAGAUAAUGACUGCUGGUGUCUGUGCGACCGCAAUUUUCCGGAGUGUAACUGCCCUUACGUGGAUAUCCAGGCGAUGGAGGAGCGCUUACUGCGAAUCACAGAGACGUGGAGCAGUCUUUACAAAGACUUCGAGGAUUCAGAUGAAUUCAAAAUGUUUCUGACAAGGCUUCCGCAAAAUUAUUUCCUGAACAUUUCAACUAUACAGCACCUGUGGUCGAUGGACAGUGCUUUCCAGAGGCGCUACGAGCAGCUGGAGAGUAGCAUGAGAGGGCUCUUGCGGAGGGCUCAGAGAGUGGUUUACAAGCUCUUCAGGUUGAGUAAGAGGUGUCAGAAACAGCCCCACAUUAGUUUGCCCAGGGAAAGACCGCAGACAUACUGGUUAAACUACUUACAGUCCCUGCUCUACUGCUCAGAGAACAACCAGCUAGGCUCCUUCUCCGAGGAGAUGCACGCCUGCAUCUGCGUGUAUGACCAGGCCACCUGUCAGCAGAUCACACCGUGCUCCAUAGGGGAUGGUGGGGCCUGCGUAUCCUGCGCCGCAGACAACCACUCCCGUUGUGGCAGCUGCAACUCUGGCUACGUACUGAGCCAGGGCAUCUGCAAGCCCAUGGUGGCAGAUUCCACCGAAAACUACCUGGGCUUCGAGACGGACCUGCAGGACCUUGAACUGAGGUACCUCCUGCAGCGAGCUGACAGGAGACUCGAGGUUCACGCCAUCUUCAUCAGCAACGACCUGCGCCUCAACAGCUGGUUCGACCCUUCAUGGAGGAAGCGCAUGCUCCUAACCCUGAAGAGCAACAAGUACAAAUCCAACCUUGUGCACAUGUUGCUUGGGAUUUCCAUACAGAUCUGCCUGACUAAGAAUAGCACACUGGAACCUGUAUUGACCCUCUACAUUAACCCGUUUGGUGGCAGUCACUCUGAGAGCUGGUACAUGCCAGCGAGCGAGAACAGCUUUCCUAACUGGAAACAGGUCAAGCUCGAUCUUCCGCUGGAGUGCUUUAACUGGACCUUGACGCUUGGAAACAAGUGGAAGACAUUUUUCGAGACGAUUCACAUCUACUUAAGGAGCCGCAUUAAGACUCAAGGCGCCAACGGGAACGAAAGCAUUUAUUACGAACCUCUGGAGCUGGUGGACCCUUCCAGGAACUUGGGCUACAUGAAAAUUAACAGCAUCCAGGUGUUUGGCUACAGCAUGCACUUUGACCCGGAAGCCAUUCGAGAUCUCAUUCUCCAGCUGGAUUAUCCCUACACACAGGGGUCCCAGGACACUGCCCUCCUGCAGCUGCUGGAGAUACGUGAUCGAGUGAAUCAGCUCUCUCCGCCAGGUAAACAACGCCUGGACCUCUUUGCAUGCCUGCUUCGGCACAGGCUGAAACUGACGGCCAGCGAGGUCUCCAGGAUCCACACAUCUCUGCAAGCGUUCGGUGCCCGAUUGCCUAACUCCUUGGAUUACGAGACCAGCAAACUAUGCAGUUAGCAGUUAGAGGUCUGUAAUGCAGCGGAAGAAGAUGACAGUCAGCAGUAGAUUAUGAAUAUAUCAUUUUAAAUGCAUAAUGGACUCUAAUUGUGACCAUCACAAACAUCAAAUUAACAUAUGGGCCCCAAGGUUUAACAAGACGUUAGGCAUGCAUUACAUCUACAUACAGGUAAAAUAAAUUCAUUCAGACCAAAACAUUUUCCUUCCUUUUAUUUUCCAAACAUUUACUAUUUUAAGAGUAAACAUAAUAGUUAUUGAAAAUAUUAUUAAUAUACACUCAGAAUUACUUUCAUCUGAAAUCAUUUAUAUUACAUGCAUAUGAUGUAAAUGAAUUGUAUGUAUAACCUCUGGGUGCCCUUGUAAAAUAUGUAACUAUACACUAAUUAUACAUACUAUUCUGUGUAAAAAUUACAAAUUUUUAUGUACUGAGUGCGAUCUGGGGGUGAUUUUCAGAUACAGUCUGUUUGUUUGUAAUUUUUAUAUGUUCUGUUGCUGUGAUAGUGCAUUUUGCCUACGGGACAGAAUAUAGUGAUGUCAGUAAGUUUUGUAGAUGAAUUGUUAUUAAAAUAUUCUAUAAUAUGUACUGUGGAAUUAUUUGUCUAAUUCAUUAUUUGAUAAAUUUCUGCUGACGUACAGACAGCAGUGUGGACAUUUCAUACAAUUGAAAGCAACAUGAUGAAAACAUUUCAGUGUAGAAAUUGUGAUAUGCUAAAUUAUUUUUAAUAAUACGAAUGAGGUUCUGAAUUACCUGACAGUUAUUAUUAAUCCAGUGCAUAGCGACGGGUUUUUGCUUACAAUGAAAUCCCGGCUAACUUUCUAUUCUGAUCUGAUCUCUGGUCUCUGUCCUCCUGUGUCCCACCUCUAUUUGACAGAACAUUCUGGAAAUAUGCUCUUGAUUGGAAUGGCUUUUGAGUGUUAAAAAGAAAUAUAUAUUUAUGCUGGUUUCUGCAGCACAUUCGCGAAAGCCUGAAACGACACAGAAUAACGAGACGUCGCAAAUAAAACUAAAAUGUGAAAUAAAUUAAACACAGGAUAUUUAUUACAUACGGUUCGAAUAACAGGUGAUAUUUUAUCUCUGGCUACUGUAAAGAACGAUAUAUUGCACAAACAGACGUCUAUCAAGCUAGGUCUGCUUUGUAUGCCUCAGCUCUGAGUAUGUAAUUAACACCGGCUGAUGCCGAAGUCAAUUAAAAUAUCUAAUUAAAUACUAUUCAGACAGCUACAAAUUAAGUGAAACAGUCAGGUGAUUAAUGUCAUUGGUUGUUUUAUUAAGCCCCUUAUUACACCCAGGAGUGCCUUAUUAAUUUAAGCUGACAUUUAAGUUGAAUGAAACCUUAUAUGUGACAUAUUGCAUAUUGUAGGACAAAUAAUUGCAUUGACAACUGACUCAUACUGAUGCCAGCAAAUCAGCUGAGGGCAUUCGGACAGAUGGAAUAUGCAGUGGAAACCGUUUCCAUUCAUAGCACUCUGAAUGCUUGACUGUAGGCAGGGGCGUAGUAGGGGCAUGGAUGCCCUCGAAGAUUCAGGGCCCCCAGCACCUUACUGGGGCCCUUGAAUAUGUAAAAUUGGCUGGGGGGCCAAAGCUAACAUUCUGUUAGGCGACCCAGAAUUUCUAGCUACGCCCCAUCGGCAAAUCCGAAAUAUAUAGCUACGUAGUUCCAUAUUCUUUUAUGAUAUUUAUUUGCUUUGAAAACAGUGAGCAUGUUCCUUUAAGAAUUCCAGGACACAAGGUAACGGCAGGAUUUGGAAACUGUAGUAUGAAAGCAUGACAAAAAUACUGAUCUGUUUAAGUCUGGCUCUAACUUGUCUCUUGAUAAUAAGGUAAUUUUAAGGCAAUUUCUGAGCAAACUGAAAUAUCAGUUAAUAUGCGUGGCAUGUUCUUUAAAUUUAGCAAAAUUUAAUGUAGUCAAGUUCACUCAGGAAAUAUAGAUGGUGACCCUCACAGCUGAAAAACAACAACAAAGGGAUUCACUAAACAGGGCUACAUUAUUCUCAGUCGCUUAAUUCUCAAUGAUCAUGAUGAUGUCAUUAUUAUUAUUAUUAUUAUUGCAAUCAUCAAUAAAUUUCAUUGCUUAAAUAUUACUCAAGGGCAACAGAGUUAUAGUUUGUGAACCCUAAAGUACAGUUAGGUAGGGUAUGUAUUGACGUCCCCAUAGAAAUGUUUGAGAGAAAUUUAAUUUUACAUGCAUGUGAUGAAAUGUGGUAGAAAAGAGUAAAAAGAAUUUGGCUUGAUGUUACACUUGCUGUAGAACCAGGAAGAGGCCAGAAUGAUUUUUUAUCUGCCAAUUAUCAGUCUGUUUGAAUUAAAAUAUAGAGCAGACAUAAACAUAAUUUUGUUGCAAGUUAAAAGUUCCUUUUGUUAAAGGCAAAGAACAAUUGCAAUGAGCAGUGAUCAUUUUCAAACAUGCCCACCACUGAAAUUAGCUCAGCUGCUAAACGUUUGUUUAAGCAUUUUAGAUUAAAAAGUAAGUUAAAAUGACACAAAAAAUGACAUUCCAUAUUUCUAUAUAAGAGUAUGCUCUGUGAUGGGCUGCCCCCCCCGUCCUGGGUUGCUCCCUGCCUCGUGCCCAUUGCCCGUGCAUAGGCUCCGGACCCCCCGCGACCCAGAAGGAUAAGCGGUUUGGAAAAUGGAUGGAUGGAUGGAUAUAUAAGGGUAAUCCAGAAAGGCUGGUGCUGAAUACAAAUAAACAUGACAUAGCUUACUAAUGUAAGUAUUAGUGGCUGUCAGAUAACUUAACCAACAGAAACAAUAGAUUAGCUUUAUUUUAAUAUACACAUUGCUAGAUAGUUUCUGUUCUUAUCGUCACCGUUCAUUGUUACCCAUCGCAUAAUGAAGUGUUAAUUUGUAACUCUUGCAAUUUGGCAUGACAACAUAUGCAUUUUUGAGGAAUCUAUCGUCGACACAAUAACAUCAGGUGACAGGUGCAGGAAUUUCAUAAAUCUUCAUUAUAUCAUUGCAGUACCUAAAGCAUUCUGGUCAUUUGAUGAGGUGGAUGUAAAUCUGUGCUACCAGUAUUCAAAAUUAUUUAAGGCUUGUUUAUUAUUAAAAUGAUGACUUACGCUAAUAUGGAACUAUGUAUGCCUGAAUGUGUACCUGCACUUUCUUUAACAAUUUUUUAUUUGCUGGUGAAAUAAAGGUGGCUACAAUAGCCUUGGAGAAAA